CCAAGUUUAAAAAAUAAUUUCAAUUAAUUAAAAGCGUAGUAUGACUUGCCUGGGAAUCUUACAGACUUUCAGCACAUCCUGUUACGAAAAGCAGAGGCCUUCACUGCAAUAGGAAAUUAUUACAUAGCCUAUGUCGAAUACUGCUUAGGCUACAUGCACAUUUUCAGAUUUGGUUCACAUCGCUGUUAAAUUGCUUAAUUUACAUCCUUUGCGCGAUCUUUUCCGCUGAGGAUUUUUUGGCGCAUUCGAACGCUGAACUCAAAUUCAGAAGUGGCCUAUUCACGCCGUUUGUGCAACAGCCGCUCGAGGCGUCAUUGACGUGCUGCGAGGCUGGGAGCGCGCGGACCCGCCCUCGCUCCGCCAUUUCUCAGAUUGUGACUGCGGGUCAGGGCAGAGCAGCCGAAUAUCAACACGGCGCAAACGGAAAUAAAAAGAGAACAGUUCUGGUUUCCCGGGACCUUACGUGUAAUACGCUCGCAGAGCUGCAACGUUGUUAAAAGGGCUCGGUGCUUUAAGAUCUACGCGAAAGGUGACGGCGAAUUAUUGCUGAAUUCAUUUUUUUGUGUGGAGACGUGUUGAAGGCCGCCAUUUUUGUUAGUGCUACUAAAGUCUUUCGGGAGUCAAGAUUGGCUUGAAAAUACGUUUCGGUUUGCCUAAUCUUUAAUUGUUACAAUCGGAGGAACACCAAGAAAGGCUGCACUGCGUGCGACCACGGAUGCUGCAUUGUAGCGAUAUGGAAAUCGGCUCAUUGAAGUAACCUAUUUCUGUCUUGGACUGACAGUGUCUGGAGAUAUGUUUCAUGAGCUUGCAACCGACACGGUUACUUUUUUUCGGAAGAGAGAACUAAAAGGGGAACCUGCAUUAGCAAUUGUGUGCCUCGCAGAUGCUUCUUUCUGAUUAACUGUAGUUUUUUUUUUUUUUUUUGAAAAGCAACGUUUUGUCUUUGCACAUGAAGCUGCAUAAUGCUUGAAAGUUGGCCGAAGCUAGCUGGAGCUUGCCCCUGAGACGUCAGGUUACAGCGAAUGCUAACAUUACACUGACUUGACGCCUUUGGUUAUAAAUCAGUUUGAAGGGUUUUGGGGUGAGCGCCCACUCGGCCCCGUCUGUUAGAUUGGCUCGACAUUUAAACUAAAUAAAGAACCUAACCGAAACACAUACCUGUUACAUCCUCGAGUUGCUACUUAAUGUAUUAUUUGUAAAUAUAUCUGCGAAUAUUUUGUUGUUGAGCGUAGUUAGUUAAUUUAUUCGGCGUCACCAUGUGUUCGGCGCGGUUUGAUUCUUCGGACCGGUCCUGUUGGUAUUUCGGUCCUGUUUCGCGACAAGAGGCACAGAACCGAUUGCAGGGGCAAAGGCAUGGCAUGUUUCUCGUCCGGGAUUCCUCGACCUGUCCCGGCGACUAUGUGCUGUCGGUGUCGGAAAAUUCAAAAGUGUCCCAUUAUAUAAUCAACUCCCUGCCCAGCAAGAAGUUUAAAAUUGGCGAUCAAGAGUUCGAGCAUCUUCCAGCACUUUUGGAAUUCUACAAAAUCCACUACCUGGACACCACCACCCUUAUUGAGCCAGCCCCCAGGUACCCCAGCCAAGGGAGCAUCCCCAGCCAGAUGCUGGGCCCCAUGGACGACAACCUGGAGUACGUGCGGACCCUGUACGACUUCACGGGCAGCGACACCGAGGACCUGCCCUUCAAGAAGGGCGAGAUCCUGGCCAUCCUGGAGAAGCCGGAGGAGCAGUGGUGGAGCGCCAAGAACAAGGAGGGCCGGGUGGGCAUGAUCCCGGUGCCCUACGUGGAGAAGCUGACCCGACCCUCGCCCCACCCGGGGCAGCAGUACCCCGGGAGCCGCAACUCCAACAGCUACGGCAUCCCCGAGCCGGCCCACGCCUACGCCCAGCCCCAGACCCCGUCCCCGCUGCCCCCCGGCGCGCCCGCCCCGCCCGGUGCCGUGGUCAACCCCCUGCCCUCCACGCAGAACGGACCCGUCAUGGCCCGGGCCGUCCAGAGACGCGUGCCCUGCGCCUAUGACAAGACCGCGCUGGCGCUCGAGGUGGGCGACAUGGUGAAAGUGACCAGAAUGAACAUCAGUGGUCAGUGGGAGGGGGAGGUGAACGGGCGGAGAGGGCUCUUCCCCUUCACCCACGUCAAAAUAAUAGACCCCCUGAACCCGGACGAGAGCGAAUGAGGCCGACGGCAGCCUCCGCCCCGCCCCGCCCCCAGGCUCGGUCGCCAUUGGCAACGACUUGCUCACGCCCGCACCCGCUUCGGCUAGCUGGACCAGCUGAGCCGCGCGCUAGCCUCUCCACCCGCGGCGCUCGCUCACGCGUGCCUGGCCUGCCAAAGAUCCAGCUCCACAUUCAAACGGAUUGUCGACGCCUCGCUUGUUAACAGGAGUGUCCGUGUUUCGUUUUUUUUGUCUGUUUCUGCCCAGCCACCUUUUUUCUUUUCUUUGUGGCUUGCCGUUGCUCGUCUGUCACUGUGCCAAGGGGAAAUGCGCGUUGCUAUUCCCGUGUGAUGUCCCGUGCUUUCAAUUCCUUUUUUCCCCUGUUGCCGUUGGCCUUUUGAAGACGCUUUAAUUGUUUGCGAGCCAAAUGUGCGAACCAGGCUGUUUGCCAUGGAGCGGAAGGUGUUCAUGAAGAGGGGGGGAAAGUCGGGGAGGAACGCAGACUGAGAGAACAGACUCGGGAAGACGGGAACCAGUCUGCGAAUUCCCAAACGAAUCAUUCGCUUUUCUACCUUAAACACGGAAACACAGUGACUGGCCCUGGCCUCCACGUAGACUGGAGUGAGUGGACUUCUGAAGAUCUGUCGGUCGCAAAUGACGGGCUUCGAGAAAUUGAUUCUCGGAAGUGCCACGAACUGUGGUGGGUGUGGAGUGGGGGGCGUGGCCAACCCCGUCUAACGUCACUGCCAGCUCCAGCACUCUUCCGACCUACGCUUGCGAUGAGAUCGGCGAGACAGGAGAGCAGACUGCGACGUUCGCUGAAUAUUUAUGUGUGUUAGGCCUGUUUGUUUUUAUUUGAAGAGGUUGUAUGUAAUAAUGGUCGACGAUUGUAGCCUUUUGUGCCAUAAAAGUCAUUUGAGCUGAAACUGUAGCUGCACUUGGGUGUUUGCAUGGCUAGCAGCCGCCGGGGACGUGGUCGGCGGGCGUAUUGGUGAGCCGAAUGUGACGUCUCCAUCGAUGCCUUUUUAUACGGAGAGGAACAUUUGCAUAAGUCAACGUCUCAAUAUGACAGCCCUUUUUCCCCCCCACUUUUUCAAGUGUUCAGCUGUUAAGAUUGUUGGAAAGGCUGGCGGGUGAAAGCGUUUCAUUGUGUGUUCAUGCCCAGUAUGAAAUAAACGGGUUUAAAAACGACGGAUUUUCGGCACGUUUCCCCGUUCUUGCGUUGUAUAGCUGCUCUGCUGCGGUCUGUAAACGCAGCGGAACAGCCGCGGAGUGAUGUGCGUUUAGAAAAGGAGUGUCCACGCGGAGUGAUGUGCGUUUUGAGAAGGAGCGUUCGCGCUGUUGCUUUUCCCAGAGCUGGCUCCUGCCUCACUUCUCCUCAUGAGGUGAAGCGACAAACGGCGUACGACCGAUCUGUCGCCUGGUGUGAUCGUUUUUUACCCCUUCUUGUAGUCGGUCGUCAGUUCAAUCGUUAGUUUGCCAAGUGGUGAUAUUGUGACGUCUGAAUGUCACGAUGAAGAUAGGCUACUCAAAAAAGGGAACCCUCGAGCAUACGGUGGUCUCCCUACACGACUUCCUGACCUUUUGCUGUAGCGCAAGGUCAAAAUUCUGGUUAGUCAUUUCAGGUCUGCUAAUAGCAGUUUGUUGAUCUAGUUUCAUUUCCCAUCACCGGCAUGUUAACUAGCAUUCAUUUGUAGAAUCUCGCAAUGCCAGUGGGAUUCUGAGACGUACACAGACUUCAUUCUAACAUCUACAUAAAGUAAUAGAGCAGUUCCUAGUCUUCGUGGUUUAAAAAGUAAAGUACGCUAAUCAUUCAGUUAAAAAAAAAAAAAAAAAAACAUCCCAGAACUAUAUCCCUUUUAAUAAACGGCAUUAACAGUAUUACCAGUGCUUAUUUUCUUCUUUAGGGAAGCAAAUGGAAUGUCUAUUUGUCUUUAUAAAACGGAAAUUGUGCCUUUUAUUUUCCUACACCAUUUAAAUGUGUUCAUACGUCACAUGGGUAACACUCCUGUUGGACACCUGUACAGUGUGAGUAAAUAAAAUUUACGUCCGAUUUCUUGUA